AUGCCGCCCGUGCGCGCGCGCGCCUCGAAAAAGCCACCCCCGGCGGGCUUCGACGACAUCGAAGACACCCUCCUCGAAUACAGCAACAAGAUGCGCGACGCGCAAAACGCCUCGCACGAGGGCAAAAAGAAACACGAAGUCCUCUGGCCGAUCUUCCAGAUCUCGCACGCCCGCUCCCGCUACGUCUACGACCUGUACUACACCCGCGAGGCCAUCUCCAAGCAGCUGUACGAGUGGCUGCUCAAGAACGGGUACGCGGACGCGGCGCUGAUUGCCAAGUGGAAGAAACAGGGGUACGAGAAGCUGUGUUGUCUGCGGUGCGUGCAGACCAAGGAGACGAACUUUGCGGGGACGUGUAUUUGUCGCGUGCCCAAGGCGACGUUGAAGAGGGGGGAUGGAGAGGACGGUGGUGGCGGGGGAGGAGGAGGAGGUGGUGGCGGUAUCCAGGCGUUGAGAAGGUUGGACCGCUCUCUCCUGGGCCGUGCUGCUCAGGAUAGCGGCACAGACUAUCAAGGCGAACUUUCGAGUGUCCCCAGCAACUGGGUGAAACCGGGUGGCGUGCAUGGCGUAACGAUCUGUUCGGCCAGCUAUGCCAAGCAUCCCGGACGGCGAAAGGCACAGGUUACGACGGAGAGCAGUCAGCGUCGCCAUUUCGAGUCUGGCAACGGGCAGAAUGCCUAUGUGAUGCCUAUGCUGUCGAGGAACGGCGACCAUUAG